CAUAAUGCGCGUGUCAUGUGGGCAAGCGCAUCGAGCGCGAUUUGAAGAAAGUCUGCUAGCGCCCUAGUGGCGGUCUUUGAGGCCGAGUGCGGCCAUAUUUCCUCUCGUGGUCUCUCAUCCGUAGGCAAGAAGGUGGUGCGGUUCCGGCGGUGACAAUUUCACGAAGGCGAUGAUUGUGUCGCGUGUAUGCGUCUCGUAACCAUCAUCGUACAGUGCAGUGCAGUGAACAACGGCGGAACAUGGCCAAGGGAAGCGGCAAUCCGGCCGGCAAGCGACCGUCGUCGCGGAACGCGCAGCCCUACGACGCGAGCAACUCAUUCGUAAAAAGAGUGGCAAAUAAGGCAAAAGACCUCAUACCACAAUCUUCCUGGAUUAGUGGUUUCGGCAAGUGGUUUAAUACCUCUCAAGGUAAUGAAGAUACAUUAGAAAGUAGAGAGAAUACUGAAGAAACAGAACUGGAGGAUGAUGUGCAACAGCCUCCUCCUAGCAAACGAUCAUGUAUUCGCAUGGAUGUGAUUCAUCCGCCCGGUACAUUUUCUAUACAAUCAAGAGUUAAAACUACAUUAAAAACAGUUGAUUCUUCUAAAGAGCAAUAUCCUGUUCACAAUGAAGUGACGGAAGAUUUUAUGGAACCUGCAAUAGCUGGACCAAGCGGGAUAGGUCGUUUAAUAUCUUCGACUCCUGCAGUGCAGGCAGAUAUUAGAACUGUAACAUCUCACAGAUCUGACUUAAACUCUUUAGCUUCGUCAACUAAUAACGGGAUAGCAAAUGGGAUGGAUGAUAAUUCGGAAUUGAGUGAAAGUACCAGUGGAUGUAGCUCUCUUAUUCCGCAGAUAAAUAGACACGAGGGCCCAUCAAAUUUGUUAUACAGUUCGUUUAGCAAUAGAAAGAGACAUAUUGAUGAUAAAUUGACAUAUACUGAUCAUUUACAAACUUCAAGGUCCUUGCUUCUAGACAUAAAUUCUCGUGAUACUUUAAGCAGUCGUAGGCCCAGUUUUAACGCGUCAGUUGUAGCAAAUGCUUUAGAUCGGGCGUCUCCUCUGUCCUCCCCUUUUUAUAGUGGUAAUACAACUUUUGGUGGUGCAAACGCGGCAGGUCUUUAUAAGCGAGGUCGGAAUGUUUUUAAUAAUUCAAGCGAGUUGCAACUUAAAGUACCAGGGAGGACAAAUGUUGAAGUUAAAUCACCUAACUCAACAGUUGAUUCAUCGGGCAUGAGUCAAACUGCCAAAAAAAUAUUGGAAGCAUUAGAACAUUUCUCUUCGCCUAUAACCGACGCAAAGAAAAUUCCAUUGAAGAACACAAAUAAUAUCGUUUCCUCGACAGUGAGCAGGAAGCGAACACGAGCGCAGGUUCUAGAAGAUGGGUUGGACAGAACCAACCCAUCUGCUAGAAUUGGCUUGCGUCAUUUGACACGUGAAUUGACAGUACCAACUGUUCCCGAUAUAUUGAAGCUAAAAAGACGACAGAAGUUACAAGAUACAACUCUUGCGGCUAGAAGGAUUGUUUCAGCGCGCAGUGAUCCGCCUCCAUCUCCGCAAGAAUAUCGACUGAGGACGGAGGACAACGACGGUGAAAAAUAUCGCGGCAAACUAAAGGGUAAAUCGAAAAUAAAUCUCGAGCAAGAAGAAACAGUGGCGCUUGUAAAUUUGCCGAACAUACCCCUGCCAAUAACAACGUUACCCAAUUUCAAUUUCACGAUACCACCUCCCGCUUCACACGUUGCGGGCAAAACCACAGCGAAUAAAGAAAACACCUUCACAUUUGCUAGCCCAAUUAAAGUGACGGAUUCUGGAAAAAAUUUGCAGCCUGUUAACAAUUUCACUUUUAGUAAUCCAAUUAACGCUGAAGAUAACGUAAUUAAUAUGAUUGACUCGAAUUCACCUUCGAAGACAGAAAAUACGGAAUCUACUGCGCCUGCCGCAACCAUGUUUAUGCCGAAUUUUAUUUGGUCCGGCUCGUCUACAGCACCUAGAUUAAAAACAAAGAUAAAAAAUAGCAAGGAUGAGUUUGUAGGAUGUGAGGAGACAUUUAAACUGAAAUCAGGAAGUGUCAUGGAUAUUUUGUGUCCCAAAUCUGACAAAAUGGAAUUUGAUUUGGUCGAACAAUCAAACUCGGGAUUAGUAUCUGAAAAAUCAUCUACGGAUAAGAUUGCCAGCACGUUUGUUAUCUCAGAUAUCAAAAGCACACGUGAUGCCGAGUCAUCUUGGGAAUGUAGUAAAUGUCUGAUUAGAAACAGCAAUGCAGAUGAGCAAUGUACCGCGUGUAAAAUUGUCCGGUCGAAUUCGAAUGAUAAAACUUCAUCGCCGUCAACGUCAACGACAGAAACCGUAAAAUCGAAACCACUCGCAAACGAUUGCUUCGGUUCUCAAUUUAAAUUAUCCAAAGAUCAAUGGGAAUGUACGACAUGCUGUGUAAGGAACAAGCAGAGUGAUGCCAAAUGUGUAGCGUGCUCCACACCGAAACGUCAACUGAGGACGGAGGACAGCGACGGUGAAAAAUAUCACGGCAAAUUAAAGGGUAAAUCGAAGAUAAAUCUGGAGCAAGAAGAAACAGCGACACUUGUAAAUUUACCGAACAUACCUCUGCCAAUAACAACGUUACCCAGUUUCAAUUUCGGGAUACCACCUCCCGCUUCACACACUGCGGGCAAAAUUGCCGCAAAUAAAGAAAACACCUUCUCAUUUGCUAGCCCAAUUAAGGUGACAGAUUCUGGAAAAAAUUUGCAGUCUGAUGACUAUGAACCUCUUAAUAACCCGAUUAACACUGAAGACAACGUGAAUAUGAUUGAUUCAAACUCACCUUCGAAGACAGAAAAUACGGAAUCUACUGCGCCCGCUGCGACCAUGUUUAUGCCGAAUUUUAUUUGGUCCGGCUCGUCGACAGCACCUAGAUUAAAAGCAAAGGUAAAAAAUAGCAAGGAUGAAUCUGAGGAGGCAUCGAAACUGAAGUCGGGAAGUGUCAUGGAUAUUUUGAGUCCCAAAUCUAACAAGAUGGAUUCUAAUUUCGUCGAGCAAUCAAACUCGGCUUCUGAAAGAUCAUCUACGGAUAAGAUUGCCAGCACUUUUAUUAGCUCAGACACACGUGAUGCCGAGUCAUCUUGGGAGUGUAGUGAAUGUCUGAUCAGGAACAGCAAUGCGGAUGAACAAUGUACCGCGUGUAAAAUUGUCCGGUCGAAUCCCAAUGAUAAAACUUCAUUGCCGUCAACGUCAACGACGGAAACCGUCGUAAAAUCCAAACCAGUCGCAAACGAUUGCUUCGGUUCUCAAUUUAAACUAUCCAAAGAUCAAUGGGAAUGUACGACUUGCUGUGUAAGAAACAAGCAGAGUGAUGCCAAAUGCGUAGCGUGCUCUACACCGAAACCCGGAAGUAGUUCUGCGACGCCGCAAAAUAUCAAGUUCCAAAACUCCGAUUUAAUGGACAAGUUUAAACCUGCCGAAGGAUCGUGGGAAUGUUCCGGUUGCUUGUUACGAAACGCUGCGAACGUACUUACGUGUCCUUGCUGUAACGCAUCUAAACCCACUUCUCUAAAAACGAAUCUGAAGAAGACGGAUUUUGCCACGGAAUCAUCCGCGCAAAAGUUAAGCACUGGUACGAAAGACACGACGAUUCAAGAAACAAUGCCACCUUUUAUUUUUGGAAUACCGAAACAGGAAACGAAAUUACCCGGAUUCAAUUCAUCCGCGCAAACACCUGCGGUGAAUCCUGUACCAGCGUUUGGUACACCGUCUAACAGUGCUACCCCGCUCUUUGGAUCAUCCAGCACACCCGCUUUUGGAAACACUACUGUACCCGCUUUCGGCGAUACCGCAACGACGCCCGCCAUAUUCACGUUCGGUUCGACAUCAUCGCAGCAACCGUCAAGCGGCGGAUUUAACUUCUCUGCGGACACCGAUCCACCUGCAUCGUCUGCGAAGCCGCAAGCUAUCAAGUCCCAAAACACCGAUUUAAUGGAGAAGUUUAAACCUGCCGAAGGAUCGUGGGAAUGUUCCGGCUGCAUGCUGCGAAACGCUGCGAACAUACUUGCGUGUCCUUGUUGUGACACGGUCAAACCCACUUCUCUAAAAACGAACCCGAAGAAGACAGAUUUUGCCACGGAAUCAUCCGCGCAAAAGUUAAACACUGCUGGUACAAAAGGCACGACGAUGCAAGCAACAAUGCCGCCUUUGAUUUUCGGAUCGUCAAAGCAGGAAACGAAAUUGCCCGAAUUUAAUUCAUCCGCGCAAACACCCGCGGUGAAUCCUAUACCAACGUUUGGCGCACCAUCCAACAGCGCUACUCCGUCGCUCUUCGGAUCAUCCAGCACACCCGCCUUUGGAAACACUACUACACCCGUUUUCGGUGAUACCGCAGCGACGCCCGCCAUAUUCACGUUCGGUUCGACAUCAUCGCAGCAACCGUCAAGCGGCGGAUUUAACUUCUCCGCGAACACCAAUCCACCAGCAUCGUCUGCGAAGCCGUUCUUCACUUUUGGUAGUAAUUCAAGCACGCCGCAAAGUAAUAACAAUAUGUUCGGUUCAUUCGGGGCUAACACUGCUGCGACUAACGCACCUAAUUUUGCGUUCAACCCACCGAAACAAGAGGCACCGACGGCAUUCGGUCAGGAUGCAACGACACCUCCGAUGUUUGGCGCAUCGCAAACAAAUCCACAGACUCAGGCAACAUCAUCGUUCUCGUCUACUGCUUCGUCCAGUACAGGAUUUAAUUUUGGAUCUACAGCUCCACCUGCUGCAACCUCAGGUGGUUUUAACUUUGGAGAAAUGUCAUCUACAUCAACGCCAACCGGUGGAUUUAAUUUCAAUCCUCCUACUACCGCUCCCGCGGUAGCUUUUGAUCCCAACAGCCGACCUUCGUUCAAUUUCACCAAGGGAAAUGUACCAGCAGCAUUCAAUGCUCCACCCCAACCAGCACCGGCAACAUCACGGAAAAUCAAAAAAGCAUUUAGAAGAUGCAUGCGGUAGAGAGCAUGUAACAUACAACAUUCACGCAUACACUCAGGUGCGUCCUUAUAUCUAUCUGUGUAUCUGGGUGUGUUUCUGUAUGUAUUUUAAGCGUUAUACAAUACGGUGUACAAUGAAAUUCUGUCAUCAUCAAUCGUUCGCAUCAGUGUGGUGGUAUAUACCAAGCAUCUUUGUAAUAUAGUAACCCGAAGCUAACCGAACAUGCUUGCGUACAACCACUUGUGUUCUCUCUACAGGAAAAUGUAAAUUAUAAAUUAUUUAAAUUAUACAGUAAUAAUGAAAAUAAUACCAUGGAGUUGGCGUGAAGCCAGUGAAUCGUGAUGCUGUUGCAUCACUAAGACCUUACCAAAAGGGAAAGAAAAAAUAAAAAGGAAAAUCCAGAUGUAGUGUGUAUGUGUACCGCGACAUGAUAUACUCGAGAUAACAUAUAUAUUUACCGAAAUUGAAAAGUACCUCGAUAAAGGAAUCUAAUAAGCACUUAAUGCGUGCAAUUGAAGGUGAAGACUAGUGGGAAAUUGUCACCCGCUCAGGUAAGUAUGUCAGUCACAGCUCGUAGCACUAUUCUUUGUAAGAGAACCUUGAUGUGAGACUUAUUUGGAGAUGAUAUAAUUUAGAAGCAUUAUGUAAUGUGCACAAAUAAUUUUCCUACUCAACCCAUUAUGUAUAGAAUAGAGCGACUAAAUAAUAUCCGAGUAUUUUCGAUGCUUUCAAAUAUGUGAAAAGAUAUCUCGGUAUAAAAAGUUUGAAUUUAUUAUAAUUUCAACAUAUUUUUCAUCCUUCUGUAGCUACAGCUUUCCCUCGAGCAAUUUUUUCGUAUAUCUAAAAGCGUAUAUUUCGUAUAUUUUUUCGUGUAUUGAAAGUAAUAUUUAGUUACUCGAUCUUAUAUAUUCUGCGGAAAAAUGUUAAUAAUUUUUUAUAUGUAUAUUAUAAUAUUCCCUUUGUUUUAUGAUUUUAUGCUAAUUAUUCAAACAAGAUCUUACACGAUUCUCUAUCUAUGUAAUCAAAUAAUUGUCUUCAAGUGUCCAUGAUAAGCCUAAAGGCACUUGUGUAACAUCGUAAUAUUGCGAGCAUU